UUUGUACCUAUAGAAGACUUGUUUUUAUUUUAUACGCUUCAGUAAACUGCAAGAAUUAGAUCUUGUUAGCAGCUGCACAACUCACAGUGUGUCGAAUGUUUAUCAUAGCUAUAUGUGUUCUGUAAAAGCUAGCUGAAGAAAUACUUUUGAUUUUUUAAAUAUAUUUACGUUUAUAUAUAUAUUCUUACUGAAAGAAAUAUGAUAUGUUUGCAUGCGAGACUUUGCUAAAUGUUAUUAAUGUCAACAACAAAAAAAGGAAAUCUAUAAAUGAGAAGACGAAACAACAGAAGCUACCUGAUCAAAUUAAAUAAUUUGAUGUAUGAUUUUUAGUAGGAGAAAGCACAAACAGAUACUAAGCAGUAUCAGUAGUAAUCUUUGCAUAGGCAGAAAUAAAAGACCCUUCGGCAGGGAAAGGAUAAAUCUCAUUCCGUACAAUACUCAAGCUUGGGAUAAUUUUAUCAAAGUUUUUAAAUUGUUAGUUGAUAACAACAUGUUGGUACUAAGAACUAGAAGUGGGCGAGAAAUGAUAGAUUACUUAUGGUUGUUUUCUAUUUUCUGCAUGACGCACAUAACAAGUGUUUAUUCGCAGAAAUUAAACCCAAACGAAAAAGCGCCAAACUUUACGUUACCGACGUUAAAUGGACCAAUCGUAUACAAGGGGGUUGGACACAAGGACACUAAUGUACACCCGCCAAUGAUAUUUCAUGAAUACACUAAUCAUUCAGGCUUUUUAGAAUGCUUAUGGACUAAAGAUUCGUCGAUAUUAGAAUUAAUAGAUAAUUCCCCGGACAAUAUUAAAUAUAUAUUUAUGACGUCAUCGAACGAUGCAACGGCAACUGCAGAGUGGAUGAAAAAAAGAUUCGAAGAUGCUUUAGAAAAAUACUACUCAUUAGCGAAGAAUUUAUCAACAUCCGUCAGCAGGUCUGUCAUUUUCAACGAAAAAAACAUUGAUGAACCAGCUCAAAGAAGGUCAUUCGAUUUAAAAUCAGUUGAGCAUAACAUACGUAAUGGAAGGAUUCACGCUUAUUUUCCCAUGCCUCAUCGUCGUAUAGAUAGAAGAUCUUUAAAUAAUACAUACAGCGACUUACCGAAAAUACGGAAGCCGGGAUUAGUGAAACAUAGCAAUAUAGGAAACCAUCUAACAAAGGCAUGGGAUUGGAAAACUUAUAGCAAAAAACAUGAUAUAAACUUUCACAACAAUGCUGAUAAUCAUCACCUCAAAUACAACCAUGCGGAAGAGCAUUUUCGAUUUGAUCACGUGGUUUCACAGAAACGCUCCAUAAUUGCGCGUUUGCGCUCAGAGAUAUCUGAAGACGCGGAUGAAACGUCGGGUGAUAACGACCAAUCCGCUUUGCAGGAUCGUGUUGAUGGUAUAAUGAAGAAAGGGAAAUAUAAGUUUAUCAGUGAUUGGUUAGAUAGGCUACAUUUCGUUACCAUUCCUCUCUACGAAGUUGGGAAUUGGUUGCCGUUGGUAAUGUCGCGAUGGUAUUGUUCUGGGCAUGGGUGUGGAUUGGAUCAAAUUGCUGUGGAAAGUCAAGAAGAAGGAGAUGUGUAUUUUGUCAACAAAAGAUUAGAUGGAAGAUACGACUGGCUGCCUUCACCAUAUACCUUGAAAGCAAAAUAUCCAAGAACAAAAAUUGCAGACUAUGGUGAUGGAUGCAGUGAUUUACCAGGAAAUUUCUCUACGCAAUUGCUGCUGAUAUCGAGAGAGGGAAAUUGUUCCUUCUUUCAAAAGAUGAAAUCUGCUCAAAAAGCCAGUGCCAUUGGUGCUAUAGUAUAUUCUUCUACGACUGAGUCACUGGUAGACAUGACAUGUGAAGGCACAGAAUGUGAGGAAGAAAUGAAAACACCUGGUACAAUGAUAUCGUAUGAGAGUGGGAAGAAGAUUUUAAAACUGUUAGCUCUUUCGAAUGAUGUAUACAUAAAAUUUCAACACACCCCAUCUAGAAACUUUUUUGUAGCUAUUGACGAGCAAGGGAAGUUGCAAGAAGUUGGUUGGUUGUUGUAUCCUUCAAUGAUAUUUUUGAGUUAUCAAGCAAAAUGGUUGAACUACAAGACAAACCUCCUGCAUAAUAUAUCUUCAAUGAAUGCUAAAGUUGUCAACGUAUUCAAUGCAACUCUAAUGCAAGGAAAUAAAGGAGUUGUACGAACUAUCAAGUUACCUCCAUUAAGCGAACUGCAAAGAUACAACCAUGCCUACUUAGAUAUGGCAUUAGGUUGCCCUGGCUCAACAGAUUAUGGCUGUCCACAUUGGGACCACACUGUACAACUUUACGUAUGUUGUGAUAAAGGAAACGAGUUGUGUGGAAAAGAAAUUGGUAGAUGGAUAACCCCUUUUAGAAGACGUAUUGGUCGUUGGCUCACUAACAUUAGACCGUUAUUACCUAUGUUCACGUCAACAAAGUGUACAUUCACAAUGAAAACUGUACCGUGGGCUAUGCCGUGGAAACCAGCGUUAAGUUUGAGAUUUGCUGAUAAAAUUAUGACUAAUGUUAGUUCACCAUUUCAAGUGAUACCAUUAUUUCGUGGUGGUAAGUUUGAUAAGACGUACAACACAAAACCAAAGCGUUCCAUGAAUUUUACCAUACCACAAGAAACAACAAAAGUACAGUUUAUCGCCACAAUAACUGGACACGGUAGCGACAAUAACAACUGCGCAGAGUUUUGCAUCACGUCGCACCACUUUGUGAUAAAUGACAAACACAAAAAUACCAGAAUAUUCGACACUGCCGGGACGGCCACAGGCUGUGCUGAUAAAGUGACGGAGGGCUCGGAACCUAACGAACACGGCACGUGGCUAUAUGGGCGUGACGGAUGGUGUGAUGGACAAAAUGUAAGCCCAUGGGUUGAAGAUGUCACCCAACAAGUUAAUAUUGGUGAAAUUAACAGUAUUCGUUAUUAUGGAUUUUUCAAUAAUACUGACCCGAAUCCCACAGCGAACCCUGGGAAUAUAAUCAUGUAUUCUUAUUUAGUUUUUUAUAAAGACGUGUAAAUGUGUCUUAGAACGAUUUAUAUAUAUAUUUUUUAAUAUUUUCUAUUCAAAUUAUUUUUUCUAAAUGUUAUGCAUUUUUUUAUAUCUAUUAGAUACCUAAUGCAUUUAGGCCGGUAAUGUGUAGUAUAUCGUAUGUUAAUAACGAAA